AUGAUUGAACAACGAAGGCUUGAUAUGUCUAAAGAUGUAAAUGAUGGUGAAAAUACUGAUUUAUUGGCUGGAAUCUUAGAAGCUGCUAGCCGUGAAGAUUACAGGUACACAAAUAAAGAACUUAGAGAUGAUAUAGAUAUUCAAAAAAAAGCUAGAGAAGAAGCAAUUAAGGUUUUAGGAAGUACUUCAAAAUUAUCAACUUUUGAUAAUAUUAAGGACCUAAAAUACAUAUCUGCAAUAAUUAUGGAAUCGCUUCGCAUUUAUCCACCAGUAGUGCAACCAUUAUUUCGUACCCCUACUAGACCAUUAAAUUUAUCAAGAAACAUUACGAUACCGAAAGGAGUAAAGAUUACAGUGAAUUUUUGGCAAAUUCAUAGAAAUCCAAAUCUUUGGAAUGAUGUUGAUAAGUUUAUGCCUGAAAGAUUUAUUAAUCCUGAAAAAGAGAUGAAAAGUAAUUGGGUUCCAUUUUCUA